AUGAAGAGAAACAAGGAAAAGGGUGAGAGCGAGGGGGUGACUGGGCAAGAAUCUGGAAGUGGGGCACCAGGACUGACACUGAGGAGGGAGAUUGGUCUGUGGAGUGCUGUGUCCCUGACUGCUGGCUGUAUGAUCGGCUCUGGCAUCUUUAUGACACCUCAAGGGGUCUUGAUCCAUAUGGGUACUCCUGGAGCCAGUCUUGUGGUAUGGGCAGUCUGUGGCCUCCUGGCCAUGCUGGGUGCCCUGUGCUAUGCUGAGCUGGGGGCCCUGAUUCCUGAAUCUGGAGGAGAGUAUGCCUACAUCUUGAGAAACUUUGGCUCCUUACCAGCCUUCCUGGUUAUCUACACAUACGUUCUGGUGGGCAGACCAGCCACCAUCACUGCUGUGUCUCUGAGCUUUGCCGAGUAUGCCUUGGCUCCCUUCUUUCCUGGUUGCUCCUCACUGCCCCAGGUUGUAUUCAAGAAUGUGGCUGCUUUCUGCAUCCUACUGCUGAUGCUGAUCAACUUCUGGAGUUCUCGGUUGUCCACCAUGGUGAUGAACGUGUGUACAGCUGCCAAAGUGUUCUCAUUGCUGGUCAUUGUGGUGGGUGGGGCUGUGAUGCUGGGCCAGGGCCGUGAUGCUGGCCAGGGCCGUGGCCGCACAGAAACCCUUCUGUCCACCUUCCAAAACACAACGCAACAGGCCGGGCGCAUUGGUAUGGCUUUCUACCAGGGACUGUGGUAUUUUGAUGGCUGGAAUAGCAUCAACUACGUGAUGGAGGAGCUCAAGAAUCCAAAGCAUAACCUGGUGUGGGCACUGAUGAUCGCCAUCCCCCUGGUCACCAGCCUAUAUGUCCUGGUCAACAUCAGUUACCUGUUGGUGCUGUCACCCAGUGAGAUCCUCUCCUCUGACGCUAUGGCUGUGAGCUGGGGGAACCAGGUUCUGGGAUCCUGGGCUUGGCUGGUGCCUUUGGCUGUCGCACUUUCUACAUUUGGUUCUGUCAAUGGGACAUUCUUUGGUGGCAGCCGUGUGUGCUAUGCAGCAGCAAGAGAGGGCCACAUGCCCCAGCUGCUGUCCAUGGUUCAUGUGCAUCGCCUCACACCAACUCCGGCCCUGAUGUUCACCACAGCUGUGGCUUUGGCCCUGGUCAUCCCAGGAGACUUCAGCACCAUUGUAAACUUCUUGAGUUUCCUAUCCUGGCUCACCUAUGGAACCACCAUUAGCUGCCUCCUAUACUUGCGGAUAAAGACAAAGAAUCUUCCCCGAAUUUACAAGGUUCCCACCUUCAUCCCUGCCAUCAUGCUCUUAGCUUCUCUCUACCUGGUUCUGGCACCUGUCAUUGACAAUCCCCAGCUGGAGUUGCUCUACAUCUUCCUGUUUCUGCUCAGCGGCUUCCUGGUGUAUUUCCUGGUUGUGUACUUCCAGUGCCAGCCCAAGUGUUUGCAAGUGGCCACCCUACAUCUCCAGCUGCUCCUAGAAGUUGCUCCAACCACUAAAGACCAUUGA